AAGUGAGUUAAAACAAAGAGCUGAAGAUGUGUUGUUGUGGUUGCUUUUUCUUUGUAAAAAUGACAAGCAGCGGUUCUCCUGAGAUGGACAGUAUCACAAAAGGUCAAUAUUAUUACUCUCUUAUUAUACAUGAAAUAUGGAAGAUACUGAUUUGCCUUAGAUCAGUUGGAGAUUCCAUGGCAGGUGCAAUAUUUAAAUAGUGACUUCCUAGUUAAUUGCUUCUACUCAAUAUGCUACCACUAGCUGUCACCAACACUUUGAUCUCAUGGUGUGAUUAUUAUUUUUUGAACAAGUUGCUAGUGCUAAUUGCCUAAAAGGAGCAGCCUGCCCAGUGAACCUCCAAGAUAUAUGUAGAAUGAAUCCCCCUCAACUGUACUAGAAUUUAUAUGUUUUUAAGGGGAAAUAUUCAGUGUACUGAACACGCUCACUGACUGUUGGAUGUCAUCCAAUGAAAUGUACAGACAAGGCUUAUGGCAAACAAGUGCAUGUAACUCAACACAAUCCCCUGUUGAGUUCAUCUGUGGGAUAGCCUUGCAUAUGCGUGGAUAAGAAAAAAAUAGACACAUGUGUGGGAUGUGUCUGUUGGUUACUGCUUGCCAAAAUCCACGUUGAGAGAUUGUAUAUUCUGGCUAAGAGACUUGGCUUAGAAGUGACAUGGGGCUUGUGAAGGAAAUUUACCUAAGCAAGGUGACAAUACCUGUCAGUUCUGUUUGUUAGCAUAUGGUGGUAACAUUCCAGUGCAUAAUGAAUCUGUAACCAGGGUUCAUUGCAUGACUGUAUAGGAACCUCUGAGCAUAAACAUGAAGUUGCCACAUAAAAGCGCACAUAGUUAAGUUCUUGCUUGGGUUUAUUACUGGCUGUGUAAUAAAACUCCCCUCAUUUGAAGAGAUCUGCUGAAAGGAGCUUUGAAUCUUGGAAGUUCAUACCCCCCAAAAUCUUGUUGAUCCCUAGGGUGCUACUGGACUGGAUUAUGGUUGUUCUACUGCAGUCCAAAAUGGCAACCCUCUGAAACAACGAAAAGCUAAUCUCUUACCCAGAUAUAAAACAUCAUUUUUUUGAAGAACAGAAGAAAUGGAAUAACUCUCCUGGGAAUUUGCCCUGUAAGAGAACAAAGAAUGUGUGUUUCUGGGGGAAAAAAUCACCACAGUACAACUGGACACCAUAAUAACAUUUCUAGGCAAUUUGGUAUUGAGGAUUUGUUGAGCCCUGGGCGAGGUAAUAUUUUUAUGCAGUUAAUCUUGAUGUUCUAAAAUUUGUUGAGUUCUCCACAGAGAUUGAAGAACAUGCAAAUUAUGCAUCGUUCUUAUUAUACGAUGGGAUUUUUCUUUUUAAUGAGCAUGUAACUAACAGAUGUUUCAUCUUGGGCUGAGGCUUUUAUUAACUUGAGUUUUACCUAGUUCGUUUAAAGAAACCUGUAUCCCAGUGGGAAAAACUUGGUUAACGUAGGUUUUGUGGGAAAUUGGAAUUGGAAGAAUUUCUGAUUCAUAUUUAAUUUAAAUGAGGCUAGUAAAAGAAAGCAAAUACACCUCGUGAAAGCCUGGACCCAUGUUAUGUAACAUUCCUAAAGAGGAAUUCCCUGCUCUUCUAAAAUAUCUUAUUAGGACUGUUACAAGGGUAAGAUAGUGGUAAUGGCUGCUAAAUUCAUACAGUUAAUUCUAAAAUUGCAACACUGUUUACUUAGCCCCUUCCUGCAGAACACUGUGUGUCUUCAGGAAAGUUGGUAGGUCUCAUACUGUGCAUAGUCCUGGCUAGAUUUACCUAUAGUACCAUGUUAUGCGGUUGCAUCACGUAAUGUCAGCAAGGCUCCCUUUGAAAGUCAACAGAAGCUACAGUUAUCAGCGCCAUUUUGCCCACACAAAACAGAAGACUAAUCCAUAUGGAUGACAUGAUUACUUGGGGCUAUGCUUUUAAAUGGGUACAACAGUCCAAUUUUCCCACAUCAGUUUUGUCAGGGUUAAUAUUUUGGGACGUUUAGCAGGGAGAGAGGCCAUUUCACAAACAUUCAACUUCAUUCUUAUAAAACAGUGCAUGUUUUGUAUUUUAUUAACCAAAUCCCUUAACUGAUGUCUUGCUCUUAUAAAAUGUUUCACACGAUUGUAAUUUUUGCUGUCGUGUGACAUUGGUGGCAGGUUUUGAUUUUUGUGCCACGCACCUGUGCUCUAGAUUUUGCUUGCAGCUGCUCCAAAGUACCUGAUUUUUAUCCAGCUGACAAGAUGGGAGCUAAGGGACCUCGUUGCUUAUGAAAGAAAAAAACAUAUGAAUUAAUUGAAUGGGAAUUUAGGCCUCACUGAGAGGAUAUCUUCAUUGUACCAUAUUAGUCUGUUGGUUGGGGGCUCACAAGAACAAAACCUUCCCCAUACCAAAAAAAGAAACAAAAAAAAAUCCCUGUACGUAGAAAGUUGCUCUUCUGGGGGGAAAGGGUUUAGCUUAGCUUUCUCACUGGCAAGUUCGCUCUGUGUACAAGGCUGCCUUUUGAGAGACAGCAUUCUAUAUGUGAGAUCCUGUCUACAGCCAGAAGGGGUACGAUCUCAUGGUCUAGAUGUAGCCCUUUGUUGUUGUGAUGAUAGAGUGGCGAGAACCAUGUGAUAAGCUUCUUUGGGUCCUGAUUACAAAGAAAGGCAGGAUGUAAACUAAAAAUAAAUAAAUGCAGUUUAGAUUUUGCUGUACAACGCCUAUCUCACACAUACCUAUUUUCUGUUUUAAUGUGGACUUUGUAACACAAAAGUGUGGAAUGUGAGGGGCUAUUCAUCAGUUCAGGAAAGCUGACUAUCAGUAUGUCACUAGCUUUCUGAGUAUCUGCCUUUAAACAGUCCCUUCCCAUGUUGAUGUUGCAGAGAAUUUUUGGCUGUAGAGUUCUGCCAUGUCUUGCUCUCACCAGUCCAGUUGGGCGUCUUUCUGUCUUUCAUUCUACUUAAAGGAAAAGUGUAUGCUUCUUAUAUCAGGGAGCCCACUCUUUUUGAGUCUGUGGGCACUUUUGGAACUUUGAGAAAAUGGCUUCCAUGGGAGGUAGAGACCCCCCCCCCCCACCGGCCUCCACAUGAAGAGGAGCCAAACAGAAUGCCUCUAUCCUCUCAACUCCUGAGAAGAAGGAAAGCCAGAAGGGUAAGGCUGUACUGACUUGGGAAAGCCAAGAUGCUUACCAGUCCUCCUGGCUGUGUGUGUUAAUUUGAAUGAGGACAACCAACAACAAGCCCUGCUUUACAGUGACUCACUGUCUGAAAAGUUUGAUAAACACCAAGCAAGGGACUGGUAGACACCAGUCACCCAUGGGCACCAUGUUGAGGAACUCUUAUACUCUGCUUGUGGUUAAGGAUAGGGGUUGUCAUGACAAGUGGAUUGGUCAUUCGUUAAUGUUUGUCCAUCCUGACUGUUGGUUUUUUUAGCCACCCCUGAGUGCCCUGUAGUUUAAAGGCCCUUAUCUUCUUUAUAAUCUUAUGCUGCUGCUAGAAUUCAAAAUUCACGGCUGUUUUUGGACUAGAAGGAAGACCUUUUUGAGUUGCCUAACCUGUCACUUAGUUACGUUAUUUCCUUUUCUUGUCUUUUGAAAGAAUCCUUCUGCCAUAGGAGUGCUUAGCUGUGCUUCAGAUUUGCACACAGAAUUAAGAUGCAGUGGAAUGGAAAGGGAUGGAGGUUUUGCUGAAGCAUUUAGAUCUGAUCUGCCACCCUUUAAUCUGUAAGCCAUUUUAAAUGAACAAGUGAGGAAGCAGAUUGCCUUAGUCAUUUCUUCCACAUCCUGCUACUUUCCUGAAAGGCUAACUCUUUGCCUUUCGGAGGCGGAGACUCACCAGGAAUUGUUUCCCUUCCAUUACACAAUCUCCUUUGAUUAGUAAACAUCAGAAAAGCAAGAUGAUAAGAAUAUCCACUUUUGCUGGAAUAGGGGAUUUUUUUCCAGGAAGACUGUAGCAUCAUUGCUUGAACUUUGAUGUUCAUUACUCUCAUUCCAUUAUAGUUCUGUACUGCAAACAUUUUAUUUUACAUUUAUUUCUUUUCUGAGUGUAAUAUGAUACAAUGCCGAAAACUAGAUUUCAUACAGGCCAUGAUACUGAUAACAUAUGAAAAUGUCCCCAGGUAAAAUUGGAAUAACUGUUCAAAAAUGUACAACCAGUUAAUUUUGCAUUAGUGUUUCCACUUUGUGCAUGUAGACUUAUUAGCUUGUAAGCUUUUUAUGGUAAAUGUGACUUUUUUGGUCUGUUGUAGACCCAGUUACAUAUGUUCAAAAUAUCAUUUCUGUUUCAGGUAUUCAAAUAUGCUGUUGUUAAUGCCACAGUAGAGAUAGAUGCAGUCACAGCGCAGUCUUUAAAAAUGCUUCCAUGGGAGUAAGCUCCAUUGAAUAGACCUGAGUAAGAUUCUGAGUAGACCUGCUUAGAAUCCAGUGGUGGUAGAUUGUACUUGACCACUUCAGACUGCUGGUAGAAGAUCAGUUUUGGAAAGUUGUUGCAAGUUGGGGGUUUUUUUUACCAGCAGAGCAAGCAAAGGGAGAAAGUAGAACACUUCUCUUGUUGUGCUUACUAUUUGCAUAGAAUUUUGUUUAUAUAGAUGAGCAAUCAUAUCUAGAAUUCCUUACCUGCAGCGUGAAGUAGAACGAAAAGUCAUUCUACCAUUUUGGAACUUUGCUGGUCCUCGUUUUAGAAUAAUUCUGCUGGUGUUGAGAGUGUAUCUUCAGUGUAAUUGCCACUGAAAUAAGUGAAAUUUGCUUUCAAGUAAGUAUGCUGAUAGGAUGCUAUAAGUGUACCUAGGUACUGUUGAGUCCAUGAAUCUUUUGAAUGAGGGGAAAAAUUGUACAUUGUGCCAUUUUUCACUUAUGCAUUUCUUGUGACCUUUAGUUCACACGAUAACAGGGAUUUUGGUGAUGGGUGGGAAAGAAGUACAAAGGUAAAGAAAAAAUAAAAUAAAUUUAAGUGUAGGUAGUAGUUUUUGCAUGCUUGAAGUAUAAUUAACUUUAAAAUGUGAAGUCUUUUUGAUUGGUUUUUGUAUUGUUUUACUAAUCUUUAUUUAAUAUGGUUUUCAUAGGAUUUUUAACAUGACACUGAUAUACUGGACAGUUUACCUGAGGAGCUUCAGGGAAGUUAUUUUUUGAAGUAAUGCCCACAGAAAGUGGAAGCUGUGCCACUGCGCGCCAAGCGAAGCAGAAGCGCAAAUCUCACAGCCUUUCGAUACGAAGAACCAACAGUUCCGAGCAAGAACGGUCGGGAUUGCAAAGGGAGAUGCUGGAAGGCCAGGAUUCCAAACUGCCAACGUCUGUUAGAAAUACACUUCUGGAUCUCUUUGGCCAAAUAGAAAGAGAAUUUGAGAACCUCUACAUUGAAAAUCUAGAAUUACGUAGAGAAAUUGAUACACUUAAUGAGCGCUUAGCAGCUGAAGGCCAAACCAUUGAUGGAGCGGAACUGAGCAAAGGACAGCUGAAAACGAAAGCCAGCCAUAGCACCAGUCAGCUCUCUCAGAAAUUAAAGACUACUUACAAGGCAUCUACCAGCAAGAUUGUAUCCAGCUUCAAAACCACAACCUCAAGAGCCAUUUGCCAGCUGGUGAAAGAGUACAUUGGCCAUCGGGAUGGGAUCUGGGAUGUUAGUGUCACAAAGACUCAGCCGGUGGUGCUGGGGACUGCAUCUGCUGAUCACACGGCUCUGCUGUGGAGCAUAGAAACAGGGAAGUGUCUUGUCAAAUAUGUCGGGCAUGCCGGGUCAGUGAAUUCUGUAAAGUUCCAUCCAGCAGAACAAGUGGGUCUUACAGCAUCUGGAGACCAGACAGCCCAUAUCUGGAGGUACAUGGUCCAGCUGCCCACCCCUCAGCCUACUGCAGACAGCAAUCAAAUGUCUGGAGAAGAUGAAGUCGAGUUUUCUGACAAAGAUGAAGCUGACGGAGACGGAGAUGGGUCCAGCGAGUGCCCCACCAUCCGGGCUCCUUUAACCACCCUGAAGAGUCACCAAGGUGUCGUUAUAGCAGCGGAUUGGCUGGUUGGAGGGAAGCAAGCCGUGACGGCUUCGUGGGACCGGACAGCGAACCUCUACGACGUGGAGACGUCCGAACUCGUGCAUUCUCUGACAGGACAUGAUCAAGAACUUACACAUUGUUGCACCCAUCCCACCCAGCGUCUUGUGGUGACCUCAUCACGCGACACAACGUUCCGUCUGUGGGAUUUCAGAGACCCUUCUAUCCAUUCUGUGAAUGUCUUUCAGGGCCAUACAGACACUGUGACUUCGGCGGUCUUCACUGUGGGGGAUAACGUUGUUUCUGGAAGCGAUGACCGUACUGUGAAGGUCUGGGACUUGAAAAACAUGAGAUCACCUAUUGCAACUAUCCGCACAGACUCUGCAGUGAAUAGGAUUAACGUUUGUGUCGGCCAAAGAAUCAUUGCCCUUCCACAUGACAACCGACAGGUUAGAUUGUUUGACAUGUCUGGAGUACGAUUAGCGCGGCUCCCUCACAGCAACCGACAGGGUCACAGAAGAAUGGUUUGUUGUUCAGCGUGGAGUGAAGACCACCCGACGUGCAACUUGUUCACUUGUGGAUUCGAUCGCCAAGCUAUAGGGUGGAAUAUCAACAUCCCUGCCCUGCUCCAGGAAAAAUAAGAUGCCGGGAGGAUUUUCGUCCUUCUUUUCGUUUUUGUUGCCAUAGACUUUUUACCUUUUUUGCAGACGCUUCCUUGUGAGCUGGUCUGCUCUCAUUGUGUAAAAGAUGCGCCUUGAAAGGGGGUCUGUUACAGAUGUUGUUACCAUGUUGUGCACAGUUUGCAUGAAAUGUACAGGAAAAAAAAUGUGACCUUUUCAAAGAAGUUAGGUUCUUGUGUAUGAACUUUUAUAUCUUGGCAUCUGCUGGUGGUAAAAGGAUGCUUGGCUUUCCUACAGAGCGUAGAAGUGUCCGUAAGUUAUUCAGCAUAGAUGAACUGUAGGGCAUUAUGUUUGACUUAAAUGUGAAUUCUGUGUCGUUAUUGUGAAGAAUAUAUAAUCUGCCUUCCCCUUCCUCCCUGUCGUUUUACAUAUCUGCCCUGCAAAGAGAAGAGAAUUCAGGGCCAAAUCCUUAAGAUGAAGGGUGAAUUUGACUUUGAAGUAUAAUGGGAACCUUUCUUGCGUCUUGUAUGAAGGCUGACUCGAGCACUCCAAUGUAGUAACAGUUCCAACUCCAAUGUAAUCUGGUUGCUGGAAAUGCAAGGAGACCAUAAGUAGCACUGAGAAUGUCCUUAACAUUUCAAGAACUAGCCAGCAUUCUCAGCCCGUCGGCCUGAGCACCGCAUUGUGUUUUGGCAUUUCACACUCAUGGCACCCUAUGAAAUAUCGCAAUCAUGGUAAUCCGAACAAGCUUUUAAGCACUUUAGUUUAUAGCAGUCGUUAUAAACCAUUUCUGUAAGUGUCAGAUGACUUUCCUAGAGAAUGUGAGACUAUCUAAGAAGGAUUGACGUAGCUGCAUUUCUGUGAUCUUUUUCCCCCCCCGCGCCAGAGAAAUAAACAUUGUUUUGGUUUGUAUCUUUUUGAAUGCAUCCCAUAUUUUAUGUGUUUUAAACAGGCGCUCUCCCGCCUUCUGCCUGUUCAAGAUGAUGCCACCCAGAUCAAAAUCCAAAGACCCGUGCAGCUAGAUCCCUGUUUGGGCCUGUGUAGCAAUGCUUCCUUCUUACACCGCUUAGCAAACUGAAUAUUAGCUUGGGAAAAAGAGGAACCUCUGCUGUUCAAAGAAAAAAAAUAGAUAGGUGUCCACUGGGCAUAGCCAAGAGUUCAGGAGUGCUGGACAUAGUUCUCCAGGUCUAACCCACCCCUCAGUAGUAACUGAGUGCUACCUCAAAAAUGAAUGUGGGGCUACCGUAAGUCUUGCUGUUCCAGCUCAUCACUUUGGAUCUCCCAGUGAUGUGCUGUGAAGACAAUCAUAGUCAAUGUCCUGCUUACAGUGGAACACGACUUGCCUGCUUUGUCCCUCCGGGUUUCUCUCUCUUUUCCCUCUCGAAAGGACCUGGAUGGAUUUUGCUCCUCCUACGUUAAUUCUUUCUUGGUUCAUAUUUGCAAAGUCUUUUUUUUUUUGCUGCUGAUCGGGGUUUUUUUUUUUUUGAAGGAUUUGAAGGGCGGGUUCGAGGCUCCUUCGCAGAUGCGUUGCCUUGCCAAUGGCUCUCCUCUCAAUAUCUCAGAGUUGAGAGGCCAAAAGGCUAGAAUGGGUCUGUGUCUUCCUUAUAAAUUGUGUUUUAAAUGGGUUUCUGUAAAAACAUCUGGUAUUGUGAUCCUUUUGUUUUGGAGACUCACAUCCUCCCAAGACGAAUGUAAUAAGCUGAUUUUUCCCCCCCGCUGACAUAGAAUAGAAUGGGUUGGGAGUGAAGGAAUCCAUUGCAAGAGACUGAAUAUCCUAGAGGCAAGUUGAAGCACUGCAUUGUAAGUGGGCCUAUGAAAGUUAAGGUAGUAAAUGGAGAAUCUGGAAGAGAGUUUAGGCCAUGAAAUAUUAGUGGCAUGAUCUUGUUGGAUCCCAGAGAAGUAGAUACUUCAAACUGCAGCCCUUAUGGGUGAGUAAAUAGUCGAAGUACGUGGUUAUCGUCAUGUAUGUUGAUGCAGAAUAAGUGACUUGAACUUUUAGAAAGAGAUGACUGGAGAUUGACUUCAAGCCCACUGAAUAUUCCAACUUUCCCCCUUCCCAGUCUGUUUUGGAGAACCUUGCUGUUGUGUGUGUGUGUGUGUGUGUGUGUGUGUGUUGUGUGUGUGUGUGUUAAGUUUGGUUCUGUCCAAUCUCUUCCCCCAGCCCAGUAGCCUAUGGCAAGAUUUGAAUCAGUGGUAGAUGACUUUAUGGUGUGUUCAGUUAACAGGAGAGGGGGGGGGGUGCAGAUGGAGGGAAGCCCUGAAAGUUUAUCCCUUGUUGAUGAAUUGCAAGAGAAACCAAAGUAAGGCUGAGCUGUGUAGUGCAUGUGAAGGUUUUUCGUUGUUUUAAGAAAUCUGGUUUCUCAACGGGUUUCCUGGCUUACAAGGAGCAGAAGAUACGCCAGCUGAACCUCACAUUUUAGGAGCAAUAAACAAGUUAGCUGGAUGGACUUUGCCAUAUUAGACGGGGCAGCACCACGGCUGCCAUUUGGGGCUUUCCUGUGAAGCCGUUUGGGAAUAUCGGACUCUGACCGUGCAGGCGGUUCAUGAGAUUGUGGUCUGCAAGGCUUUUGCCAAAGUGCACAUUCUCGCUUCAGCCUCAACCCCCUGGCUUCUUUAGGAGGAGCCAGCAAGCUGCCUAGUUUGGUUUUGCAAUGUUUUAAAUGCUGGGUAAAACUGGCAGGUUCCGCCCCAACAGCGUUUGAAUGGUAGAGGUGAAGAAAUUAGACUGGUCGCACAUUUCACUUUCAGGGGUCUCCAUCUCCAGGUGUCCAGGUGUCCCAGCUGCUGUGAAUCUAAUUGUGUCCCGCACAUUUCACAUAAGAGGAAGGAAAGUCUCGUUACAUUUUUUUUUCCAGUAUUGAGACUUAGUUUUUGCUGUAUCACUGGGCAAAUUGCAAAGACCUGUCUGUCUCUGUUUCUUUGUGUGUAAAUGUUCUUUAACAUGCACAUCAUUUCUUUUUUUUGCCUAUCUGUAACUGUUUCAGAAUCAACAAAUCUUUAUUUUCGAUGCUUAAAUCUUUGAAAAACAAGCUUCCUCAGAGGAGGAAAAAAUCCUGUACUUGUAUGUCAAUGUAGAACCACUUUUUGAAUUUACUGAUAACUCUGGUGAUUUGUGUUCCUUAGAUGUUCCGUGUUUGUCUUCGUUGCAAUUUAAAAAUGCCAUUAAAUCAUUCAGCAGA